AUAAAAAAAAAUUCAAUUAUAUCACCUGCUGAGACGGCAGUAAUCACCAAACUCAAGACAAAAUAGUUUAACACACCCAUGACGGAACAACACAUCGCGCGUCCUUUGUGAUCCCUUUGGUAAUAGGAAAACCCACGUCUAUUGAAACGAACAACAAAAAAAGUUGUUAUGUUAUGCGACUAAGAAUUUUGUCUUAAGGUUGGAAUAAAUUCCAGCGGAAAUAAUUCUCCUAAGCCACGAUCUCGCGAGAAAAUCAUGUUUUUAUUAGAAAUACUUCACCUGUCGUUUUCAAGCUUCAUCAGUCGAAAAAGUUACCUUUGAACGGAAAUGAAACGCUUGCUGACUAAUCAGUUGCUAUUCUUCUUCCUGGCUGCUGUUGCCGGCCAAGAUGGCUCAACUCCCGAAGAGGUUUGUCCCUGUCAAGCCGAGGAUUCGUGCCAAAACGAUCGUCACAUUUUCGGUCGUGACGAACUAGACAUACAAAAAUUCGGACUAAUCCCGCCCUGUCGCAAUUCUGGCGAAAUUCCAUGUUGUCCACGUGAUCCGCCGCCGCCCAAAGAAACUAAAUUGACGCAAAAAGAUCUUGAAGGCUUCUCGCCGGCCGAGCUCGCCCAAUUAGGUAUCAUGCCCGAAGGUACCAUUGGAUCCUCUUCGCUACCAUUAGCUGAACAGCCGGAGCAGUCCAAGGUAAUCCAAGACAUUCAGCAACCGAUCGAUAUAACGCAACCAGGCGCAGCAUCGAUAGCUCCGCACGGCGCAACGGGUUUCGCCAGCAGCAACGCUCCAAAAGGACAUCCUCCUCAUCAACAGAAAUUACCAUAUCCUGUUCAGCAGCCGAAUCCACCUCCUAUGAUGCAGUAUCGACCUCCACCACCACCCCCACCCGUCUAUCAAAAACACGUUUACCCCACCUAUUACACUCCUCCACCUCCACCUCAAAUGUAUCGUCGUCCCGUCUACAAUUACCCCCCGCCCCCGAUGCGGCCGAUGUACAGACCUGCUUAUCAAAGGCAUUAGUACCGAAUUACUACCUGCAUGAAAAUAUUAAAUCUCGGUCGACUUUAUACCAAUGAGUUGUGAAUACAAUUUAUCAGAUCGUUGACCGUA